AUGGACAACGGUGGUAUCAAUCUUGAAGAAGGGGAGCUUGAUGUAGAUCUCAGCGAUGAGGAAGGAUGCAAGUUCAAACAUGAAAGUCAUAUAAAGAAGGAAGAAAAGCUAGAUAAAGAAGCUGAAGUAAAAAAGCAUAAGAAAAAAGAAAAAAAGGCAAAAAAAGAAAAGAAGCACAAGAAAAAAAAGAAGAAGCACAGGCACGAGAACAAAGAAAAAAGUUCUCCUAAUAAUGAUGAUGUUCUUCAACCAACUGUAAACGAAACGAAGUUAGAAGAUCCUGGAAGUCCAAAAAAAGAAAUAGGCGAUACCCCAUGUGUUCCAAAACGCGUUCCUAUUUCUCUGGAGGAGCUGAUUUUAAAAAAGAAGGCUCAGGAGGCAGAAUUAAUCAAACCGAAGUUUAUAUCUAAGGAGGAGCGCAUUCAGCAGGCUAUCCAAAGAAGACAAGCUGAAGUUCAAGCUCAACGUGAAAAGCAGAUGGAUGCUUUCAAAAAGCAAACAGAAUAUCUCGAAGGGGCUAAAGAUCUGGAACGGAAGAGACGCGCCGAAGAUUUUCAAGAGAGAAUGAGGCAGAACCGAAACUUUAGAAAUACUUCCAAACGAGCAGCUCAGGGAGAAGUUCCAAGUGAUAAGAUAAACAAUUCACAAGAAGAACAAGCUAUCAAAGAGCGCUACUUGGGUCAAAAGCGUCUGACUAAGCGUCGACCUAGACGACUUAAUGAGAGGAAGUUUGUAUUUGACUGGGAUGUCGCGGAUGAUACUAGCCAAGAUUACAACCCGCUUUACAAAGAAAAGCAUCAGAUCCAGUUUUUUGGCCGUGGACACAUUGGUGGUAUUGAUAUUAAGCAACAAAAAAAGGAAAUUGGACGAUUUUAUUCAAAGCUAUUAGAAAGCCGCCGUUCCGACACCCAGAAAGUUCAAGAAAAGAAACGUUUAAGUGGUGUGGCAAAGCGUGAAGCUAAGCAGAAAUGGGAUGACAGGCACUGGACAGAAAAGGCCCUUGAUCAGAUGACUGAACGCGACUGGCGAAUCUUUCGCGAAGAUUUUAAUAUAUCUACCAAGGGAGGUAACAUUCCGAAUCCCCUUAGGUCUUGGGCGGAAAUGAAUGUUGCUGAUGAACUUAAGGAUGUAAUUAAAAAGGUUGGUUAUCCUGAACCAACACCAAUUCAACGCCAAGCAAUACCAAUAGGUCUGCAAAAUCGUGAUAUUAUUGGCGUUGCAGAAACAGGCUCAGGAAAAACAGCAGCUUUCCUUAUACCCCUGUUGAAUUGGAUUCAGCGACUUCCAAAACUGGAGAGGUUGGAGGACACAGAGCAAGGACCAUAUGCUAUUAUCAUGGCCCCUACUAGAGAGUUGGCACAGCAAAUUGAGGAAGAAACAGUGAAAUUCGGUCGACCACUGGGAAUCAAAACUGUUUCGUUAAUUGGUGGUCUCUCGCGUGAAGAUCAGGCUUUAAAGCUUCGAAUGGGCGCCGAAAUAGUUAUUGGUACCCCUGGUCGUUUAAAUGAUGUACUAGAAAACCGGUAUAUGGUACUUAACCAAUGUACUUACAUUGUUUUAGAUGAAGCUGAUAAAAUGAUUGAUAUGGGUUUCGAACCUGAGGUCAACAAUAUUCUCACGUAUUUACCAGUUACAAAUGAAAAGCCUGAUAAUGAGGAUGCUGAAGAUGAUUCGAAGCUAUUGAGCAAUUUCGCAACGAAACAUAAGUAUCGUCAGACUGUCAUGUUCACAGCUACCAUGCCCCCAGCAGUUGAACGUCUUGCUCGUUCCUAUUUAAGGCGACCUGCAAUGGUGUAUAUUGGAAGUGCUGGUAAACCCACAGAACGAGUGGAACAGAUUGUUUAUAUGGUUUCAGAACAAGAAAAGAGGAGAAAACUGUUAGAAAUACUUGCUGCAGGACUUGACCCACCUGUAAUCAUUUUUGUCAAUCAGAAAAAAGGUGCUGAUGUACUUGCUAAAGGACUAGAAAAACUCGGAUACAGUGCUGUUGUUUUACAUGGUGGCAAAGGACAGGAACAAAGAGAAUAUGCCUUGGCAAGUUUAAAGUCUGGUCAAAAGGAAAUCUUGGUUGCAACUGAUGUUGCCGGUCGUGGUAUUGAUAUCAAGGAUGUGUCAAUGGUUAUCAACUAUGACAUGUCUAAAACUAUUGAUGAAUAUGUACAUCGUAUUGGGCGUACUGGACGUGCUGGUAAAUCUGGUAUUGCAAUCUCACUACUUACGAAAGAAGAUGCCCCUGUAUUUUAUGAUUUAAAACAGUUAUUAAUUCAAUCUCCUGUAUCAACGUGUCCUCACGAACUUGCCAAUCACCCGGAUGCUCAAACAAAGCCGGGUAUACUAGCUGCGAAAAAACGGCGUGCAGAAGAGACAGUUUACAUUACAUAA